AUGACAUUUCUCUUUCCAGCCCCGGACGCCAGCUCCCUGCGGCUGUGCCGGGCAGAGGUGUUCAUGGCGCUGGGGCAGCACCUGCGGGCGCUGGAGGACCUGGACGCCGUGUGCAGGGCUGAGCCUGGAGAGCACGAGGGCUUCUUCAGGAAAGGGAAGGUGCUUCUGGAGAUGGGACAGAGAGACGAAGCCCUGCUGGCGUGGGAGCACUGCCUGACGCUCAGUCCACAUUUCCACCCUGCUCAGAGAGAGAUGGAGAAGAUCCUCACACGGGAGGAUGCUCCUCAGCCAUGCAUGGCUGCUGCACACUGGGGUGAUGCUUACCAGGGCUUGACUGGUCCUCAGGUCGAUGGAGGGAGCCCUGCGCUCCCAUUGUCUUCUGCAAAAGCUCAGGAUCAGAAGGGAGAGCCAGCGGAUGGCAGAGGGGAUGCUGGGUCUGAGCAUGGCCAGGGAACAGCCACCCUUUCCCAGCCAGGGCGACGGCAGGAACUGGAGACUUCAGCAGAGAGACAGGGCUGGCAGUUGGUAGAUAACGAAGAGGAAACAGCAGCAGCAAAGUGUACCCAGACAUGCCUCGGGGAGCUGCUGAGCAUAUCUGACUUGGAGUGUUCCCUCUGCAUACGGAUGUUCUUCGAGCCGGUGACGACACCGUGCGGGCACACCUUCUGCAAGGAGUGCCUCGAACGCUGCCUGGACCACCAGCCCAACUGCCCCCUCUGCAAACAGAGCCUGAGAGAGUAUCUGAAGGCUGGAAGCUACAGCCCCACCGUGCUGCUGCAGGACAUCAUGCUGGCCACCUUCCCUGCACAGCUGGCUGAGCGCCGGGAGCUGCACCAGGCUGAGAUGGCAGAGCUCUCCAACCUGACCAAGAACAUCCCCAUCUUCGUAUGCACGAUGUCCUUCCCAGGCAUUGCCUGCCCUUUGCACGUCUUCGAGCCUCGUUACCGCCUCAUGAUCCGGCGGUGCCAGGAGACUGGCACGAGGAGGUUCGGCAUGUGUAUAUACGAGAAUGUGAAAAGUUUUGCUGACUACGGCUGCAUGCUGGAGAUUCGGCAGAUCAAGCUGCUGGCGGACGGGAGGUCCCUGGUGGACACCAUCGGCAGGAGGCGGUUCCGGGUGCUGAGACGUGGACACAGGGAUGGCUACAACACUGCUGACAUUGAGUACCUGGAGGACAAGAAGGUGGCCGGGGAGGAGCUGCAGGAGCUGCAGUGCCUGCACGAAAGCACCUACCGCUUGGCUCAGCAGUUCUGCGAGCACGGAGACCUUGCCUCCAGGCACAUAUUGAUGCAGCAUGGACCGCUGCCGGAGAAGGAAGAGGACAUCCAGGCUUCGGCAGAUGGCCCGACGUGGUGCUGGUGGCUCAUCUCCAUCCUGCCCCUUGACCCGUCCUACCAGCUGAACCUCUUCUCCACCACCUCCCUGCGUGCCCGUCUCACCCAGCUGCAGCGCAUCCUCUCUGCCCUGCUGCAGCAGCCCCCUGCCGAGCACCCGCUGGCUGGGGGCAGCCCCCGGGGCCGCGUCUGAGCCCCCCGGCCCCCAGCCGCUCUGCAGGGAAGACCUCCACCCCCGUGGGUUUCUCUAUGUGUUGCUUCAUGGUUUUGCUUGUGGAUUGAGCCCCACCCCGAAAGUGACCUCAGCGAUGAGCUGGGCACCCUCUGCCCGGCUCGGUGGGGCCGGUGCCGCACCAGCAGCGACACUACACCGUCCAUGCCGCCUCCGGGAGCUGCUUGGUGACGCAGCUAUCCUGUGCCGUGCCGCCGGAGGGGGGGACCGGGAUGGAAAGCUGGGUUGCGUCUUGGGAACCAAAAUCACUUGCUGAGCUGCUUUGGCGCUAAAGAGGAUUCUCCUUAGGGCAGAGGACCAAGUGCCAGGUUUGCCUCACUUUUGGCUUUUCCUCUUUGAAGGACAAUGUAGGGGUUUUUGGUAGAUGGUCCUGCUCUGUGCAGCAGAUUUUCAGGCUUGGGAGAGGUGGCACUGGGAGGCAGAGAGGUCCCAACAGCUCCCCCCAGCCUUGGGAGCUGACGGCUCUGCCUCUGCUUAUGACUUUGACUUAAUUUCUAUUUGAAUGAGAAGACAGGUUAAAUUAAACAAUCUGAAACUCAUGGUCCUGCUCCUAACCACCUCUACGGCCACAUGGCGAGGAGAUGCUGAUCUCUGAACGUGCCCAGGUCCGGACGUCCCCACUCUGCUCGGUGCUCUGCCGUGUUUGCUGUGCCAAGCUUGCUGGCCACUUCCCCAGGCUGGAGCCGUGCUGGAGGCUGCUGGCCGCUUCCCCGACUGCCAGCUCCACGGCUGUGAAGUGCUGUGGGAAGGGGGCGAUUUGGCAGCGUUGGUGCUUUUCCCCCCACCCAAAGGCUGCUGUUCCCGAGCCUGGCUGGGUUCAGGUUGCAGGGUCGGACCUGGGGGCUGGAAGGAGCCGAUGGCGCGAGGGAGGUAAGCCUGGAAGUGGUUUUGUGAGAGUUUCUGCUCCUUGACUAGUGCAAUUUUCCCAUGUUCAGUGUUUCUUGCGAACUUUCUGCCUCCUCAGGAGAAAAUCAGGAUCUGAGCUGAGGCUGGAUCCUUGCACUUGGGACCCAGGAUCCCCAAAAGAGCACAGAGUGAAGUCAAAGGGAUCUGAACCUCUGGAGAGGCAGGGAGGGGCUAGGACCAGUGACUGAGGCUGUGAGCCCCAUGUCAGGGGAGCAAAUGCCUGUCUGGAAGUGCCUGGCUGCUGCUCGUCUUUAAACACAGGGAAAAGACUAUCCCCCUGGACAGAGCAGGCUUUCCUCCAUGGAAUUAUGAAGGUUUGGGAUUUUUGUCUGCCAUCCAUAAUUGCAGUGGCUUUGGGUUGAAUUUUAGGAAUAACAUCCACUUAGUUGUGGGAUUAACAUUGCUUCCAGAAUUUUAUCCCUGCUUUUCUCAAAGGCUCCACACCCCAUCUAGGGGCUCAGUGGGCUGUUGGACGUGUGUGGGGGAGAGAAAAUCAGGCUGGGGCUACAGUGCUCCUUAGUGCACGUGUUGCUGGGCUGAGCCUGGGGCAGGAGGCUCUGGACACAGCUCUGGAGAGGUCCCUGCCCAGGGCCACCGCUUUUCCCUGUCCUGCUCUCUCCAGGAGCGAGAGGUCUCAGUCCCUCCUCUCCAGCAAAGUGCCUUCCCGGAGUGACAGUCAGGGGGAGCUAAGGGCUUGCUCCCCAAGGACCAUAGUGAGCGCAGGGUGGCUGAGGACAACUCAAAAGCUGGAUUUACUACUCUACCUUUGAGCCAUGUCCUCCCCCCUCUUUGCUGCUGUCUCUGGGGCACCAUGACUCCCCCAAGGGGCUAUAUCCUCAGGAUGUCGGAUUGGGGUAGGCGUGGGCAGGUGAUGGAGGGACACCUCACAGUCCCAGGGCAGGUGCAUGCAGGUGGCAGGAUGCUGCUGAAGUUUGGGAAGUGCCUUUCUUUUCCACAGGGUCAAUGUGAGCUCACCCAGUGACAUGCCCCCCCAGGCCCCUCACCUAUCCCCCGAGUUGCCUGUUCCCCAGGUGUGGGAGCUCCUUGGGCCGCUGCAGAUCCCUCCAGCAAGGGGGGGGGAAUGGGGGGGAUGCAGGGGAGAAGUGGGAGUCUGCACCAUGUUCAUGCUGGGGGAGAGCUGGGGACCAGAGACACAUCUGCCUGGCUGCUUUGGGAAGGGACUUGUGCAAAUCGCUCUGGUUUGCUUGGAGCGCCUUCGGGGUUUAUAUUAGUAUCUUUGCUCUUUGAAUUAAAUUUUCU